GUAAUUUUCCGAUGAUAUUUUUUCAUUUUUUGAAAACUUUGAAUUUCCUUCACUCCCGCAGAUCUAGCAUUUCUUUCCACCACCGUCAUCAUCAUCAUCGUCACUUCACAUUUUCAUUUUCCUUUCUCAUCACAUCACUCCCAAACUAAGCAACUAACACCUCUCACCAUUUCCACUCACAUUCCAAAAAAAAUGAAGAACACAACAAAACCCCAAAACCAAACAACACCUUCAAGAUCUUCCUCUGUUUCAACCCAUUUACAAAUGGUUGAACUCAAACACAAAAUCUUAACCUCACUCUCUAAACUCUCAGAUAGAGACACACAUCAAAUCGCUGUUGAAGAUCUUGAAAAGACCAUUCAAUCCCUCUCAUCAGACGCUAUUCCAAUGAUCUUAAACUGUUUAUACGACGCCGUUUCAGACCCUAAACCCUCAAUCAAAAACGAAUCACUCCGUCUCCUCUCAUUCGUCUGUUCUUCUCACCAGCACUCCGCCGCACCUCAUCUCCCUAAAAUCAUCUCACAUAUUAUCAAACGGCUUAAGGAUACUGAUUCGGCUUCUCGCGAUGCGUGUCGCGAUACCAUCGGAGCAAUUUCGGUGAUUUAUUUGAGAACAGAGAACAAUGGGAGUAGUGGGAGUAAUGGUUCACUUGUUGGAUUGUUUGUGAAACCGUUGUUUGAGGCAAUGGGGGAACAGAAUAAAGUUGUUCAGGCUGGUGCUGCUGUUUGUAUGGCCAAAAUGGUGGAGGCGACAGCUGCUGUGAAUGAAGAUGGUGAUGUUGCCGUUGUGCCGGUUGGGGCGUUUCAAAAGAUGUGUCCUAGGAUCUGCAAGUUUAUUAAUAGCCCUAAUUUUUUGGCUAAAGCUGCGAUUUUGGCUGUGGUUUCUGCAUUGUCUCAGACUGGGGCAAUUGCACCACAAAGCUUGGAAAAUUUGCUACCUAGCAUUCAUGAUUGCCUCUCCAGUAAUGAUUGGGCAACACGUAAAGCAGCAGCAGAGACAUUAAGUUCCUUGGCUUUGCAUUCAAGCAGUUUGAUUACUGAUAAAACAGCGCCCACAGUGGCAUUGCUCGAGACUUGUUGGUGUGACAAGAUAAAACCUGUGAGGGAAAGCAUGACAGAGGCAUUGCAAUUGUGGAAAAAAAUUGCAGGGAAAGGAGAUGGAUCUUCUCACGAUUCAAAGCCCUUGUCGUCUGAUGGCGGGAAUCCUGAAUCAUCCGUUUUAUCAGAAUCAAGUGACCUUAAAAAGGCAAAUUCUGAUGAGAGGAAGACUGAUCCAUCAGUAAAGGAUUUGCCAACCAGUUCUUCAAACACGGAUUUGAUUUCUAAGGCCAAAGCGGCUAGCAACUCAGAGAAGGCAGUUGUAAUAUUGAAAAAGAAACCACCUGUCUUAAAUGAUAAAGUACUAAACCCAGAAUUUUUCCAAAACCUUGAAAAACGGGGAUCGGAUGAUUUACCAGUGGAAGUGGUUGUUCCUCGCAGAUGCCUCAAUUCUUCAAGCUCAAACAACGAGGAAGAGUCAGAGGCAAGUGCUAAAGAUUUAAGUGAAAGAACAAAUCCUGUUGGUAAUGUCCCUAAUGAUGGCUUUCAUCGAGCUAGCAAUAAUAAAUAUCAUGGUUUAGAGAAAGGUAAUGAUGGAAGUUCAAGACAAAGGAAUUAUGAGGACUUUGCUCAUGAAAGGUACUCUGAAAGGAGAAUGAAUUCGAAAGAACUGAGGACAAAAGCAAAUGAUACAAAUGAAGGUUUUUCUAGAGCUGAUGGUCAAUCCGAAGUACCCUUAUCCAAUAACAGAGGAAACUUGUUGGCCAUCCAGAGACAGUUAACGCAGCUUGAAAGGCAACAGGUUCAUCUGAUGAACAUGCUGCAGGAUUUUAUGGGUGGAUCUCAUGAUAGCAUGGUGACUCUAGAGAACAGAGUACGAGGUCUUGAGAGAAUUGUUGAAGACAUGUUACAAGAUUUAUCUAUAUCAUCAAGCCGUAGAUUUGAGGGAUCAGCCAAUCGGCCUUCUAGCAAGUAUAAUGGUUUUAAUGAUUACACCAAUGCCAAGUAUGGAAGAGGUGGUGAUGGACGCAUCCCAUUUAACGAAAGGUUUACUCAAACUGAUGGGAAUGCUAUGGGGAUGAGGGGAAGAGGGCCAUCUUGGAGAUCUGACAUGCCUGAGGGUUGGGAUUUUCCUGGGUAUGGUGCUUCUAGAAAUGGCCAGAUUUCCUCAAGGAGGGCUUUUGGUGGUAGUUCUGUUGAUGGAAGAUCGCCAAAAUCAGUGCAUGAGAGUGAUCAAGGGGGCAGCAGCAGGAGAGCUUGGGACAGAGCAGCAAUGCCCAUCCGGCUUGGUGAGGGGCCCUCUGCAAGGAGUGUAUGGCAAGCUUCUAAAGAUGAAGCUACAUUGGAAGCAAUUCGGGUUGCUGGUGAGGACAAUGGAACAUCUAGAGCAACAAGAGUAGCAAUACCUGAAAUGACCGCAGAAGCUCUGGCUGAUGACAGUGUUGGACAAGAGAGGGAUGCAAUCUGGACUUCUUGGACUAAUGCAUUUGAUGCCCUUCAAGCAGGUGACAUAGAUUCAGCCUUUGCAGAGGUGUUGAGUACCGGAGAUGAUAGAUUGCUUGUAAAGCUAAUGGAUAGAACUGGCCCUGUAAUUAACGAACUUUCAAAUGAAACUGCAUGUGAGAUCUUGUAUGCCAUAGGACAAUUCUUACUGGAGCAGGACCUGUUUACUAUUUGUUUGUCUUGGAUUCAACAGUUGGUGGAAGUAUUAUUUGAAAAUGGCCCCGAUACCUUUGGCGUUCCCAUGGAUGUGAAGGAAGAGCUCUUGCGGAAUUUACAUGAUGCUUCAACAGAUACAGUUGAGGGCUGGGAAGGUGCUCCUCCAGAUCAACUUCUAUUGCAGUUGGCAUCAGGCUGGGAAAUUGAUCUACAACAGCAUGACAAAUAGGCUCAUAAAGAACAAACUACACUGAUAAGAUUCUGCCACAUUUUAACUUUUGGGUUGGGGAUGAUAUCCAUAAUAGUUUUAUUGAGUGUACAAUUUGAAAUUUAUAUGCUAUUAAGGUUUUUGGUCUGCAAGUAAAAACUACAAUGGCAAAUUCAUGUUCCUUUUUCUCCUGCAUCUUGGUGACCGGUCAGAGUAAUGUAUGACCCUUGGAUAUCAUCAUUUACUAAGGUAGUGUAUGUGUGUGUGUGUGUCUGGUUGUCAUUGCCUAACUAGGGUGCUUCAAAAUUAUUUUGUAAAUUGAGGUGAAUGAAUGAACAAAAUCUUCUAUGUAAUUACUACAUGUAAUCGGUUAUUGACUAACUAGAUUCAUUUGUCCCAUUUACACUAGUUAGGUUUGAAAUGUUGAAAAUGAUCAUGCACCGAUUCUAGAAA